GUUGAAAUAAUAUCCUGAUGUGUUCCUGGCAUGAUCUCCUGCUCACUGCAUACAUCAGCCUGUUAUGUCAUUCCAACCACCAUGCGACUCAUCUUUGAAGCAUGUUCAGUGAUCUUUACAUUGGGCAACCUGGUGGCUUCUCAGUCACAACCUCCUGGUUCAAAAGAUGCCAUCCUCACCACAAUAAUAAAUUUCAAUCACGAGAAGAUGCAGAUCACAUGGGCAGCAAGAAAACUAUUUCCCCAUGAAAAUGUGUCAUUUUCUUACACAUUUGAUGAAGGUGAUCACAUAAUCUGGAAGCCAUGUCCCACCUAUUUAUUGGAUCAAGAUUAUAAUUACGGAUGUCUUUUUGAGACAGAAGGACCCACCCUUGCCAUCUCUAUCAGAAACAACAAUGGAAGCAAAGAGCUUUAUUCUAAAAGAUUAAAAUCUGAUUUUUAUAUAAAGCCCAGUCCACCAGAAAAUGUGACCUUCUUGUGGAAAGAGGACACCGUUACUGUCAGCUGUAAUAAACCAAACAGAGCUGUGAGGUGCUUAACACUUGAACUUCAAUACAAAAGCAAGUUUGACAAAGACUGGCAAUCCAGAACUGCUAAGUGUUGCAGUGUUAGAGAGCAAGGCUUUGAUCCAGGGAAAUGUUAUUAUUUCCGGGUCAGACUGAAGAGGCUGGUACCCUACUGCAAUGUAGUUCAUUACAGCAGUGUCUGGGAAGCAGAAACCUUUUGGAUGAAUGGCACGUUAUUAGAUUCAUGUGAUGAUGGUAUAAAAUCUCAGUCAAACACAGUAAUUGUUUUAAUUUGUCUGCUGGCAGUACUUUUAUUGAUGCUUAUCUUCUCGAUUCUUCUAUGUAAAUGGCAAAGGCUUCAGAAGUCAGUCAUGCCUGCUAUACCAGAUCCAAAAUAUGUAUUUGCUGAUCUCUUCAAUGAUCAUAAUGGAAACUUCCAGGAAUGGAUAGACAAAACUGAUCCUGCAGUGGUGCAAACUGAGCUAGAAUAUGAAGAGCCAGAGUGCAUUAUUGAAGCAGAAAACCAGCAAGAAGAUGACAAGAACAGUGACAAACAGGGGCCUCAGGAAAAUCCCUUCUGUUUUUCAGAGGCAGAUGAAAAUAAUGACUUCAAAGUAGCGCAGAUUGCCUGCAUGACGCCAGCAUCCAACACCAUAGCUUCUUUUGCUGGCUUCAAGAUUUUAAUGAAUGAUGACAUGUAUGUGAUGUUAUAAAAUCUGCAUAAUGCAGAAUGUGUUAGGAAAUUUCAUAAAAGAUCCUAAUGAGUUUAGGGGAGUGGCUGAAUGGAAAAAGCUAUCAUGAGUAGAUUCACAUUAAGAAAGACACUAGGUUAUGUUGGCUGGUUUUGGAUCUGUAAUUUCCCAACACUUCUGGACAGUUGAACAGUGUCUAAAACAAGCUCCUGGUAAUUUAUACAGUUAGGAUUUGUUGUUCUAAUUGGGGUUUACCUAAGACUAAACUAAGCCCCAUCUUCCUUCCAUUGAGAGGAGAGAACAAAAGCUCCUGCGCAGUACACGUUCACAGAGGCAAGGCUCAGUCUUUGCACUUAUGGUGUGUGUAGGGCAGUGCAAACCACACCCUUAUCUUCCCAAAUGAAAAGAGAAAAUAAAAAUAUUUUUCUGCUAAUGGUCUUUGUCUCACAAAGACUAGACCAUAUACUGCUAAUUUUCACAGGUGUAGGAUAUGCUUUGCAAGUUUCCCUUAGACUAGAAGCUCUUGCUUUUGCAAGCUGCUUCUCCCAGUUUAAAACUUUGUGCUGCAUGAUGUGCUUAAACAGUCUUAUAAAGAGAAAGUAUAAGCCUCAUGCCUAAGAAGAGAGAGGGAGCAUGCACAGUAUUUGGUCACAAUUUAUCCUGUAAAUAGUCCUGUGUAGACAGCUUUCUCCAGAACAGUGGGGUUUCAUGCCCUCCUCUAGGGUCAGGUCCUCAGUAUUUUAUAGUCAUUGUGUGACUAAGCAACUUCUAGAAAGCUGAGGUUCAUUUUAAGCAGUACUAGUAUUUAAGUAAGUUGCAUUUACUUCAAACUAUUCUCAGUGCAAUCAGCAGCUGUAGACCCCAAUUAGGACUUCUUAUUUAUGUUGCAUAUACCAGCCUCUUGUUCUCAAACUGUUAUAAUAAGAUCAACAUGCUAAAAAAUGAUUCCCCAUAAUCCUCCAAACACUUCUGCCUUUUCCUAUUUAAAACAAGUGUGUGCAAGUUUUUUUUGCCUUUUGUAUAUCCCACGUUUCUGGAUUUUUUUUAUAAAUUAACUACGCAUAAUUUCAAUUGCAUUGUAAAUAUGCAAUGUUUUUUAAACUAAUGCAAGCUGCAUAUAAUUUGAUGAGUAGAAUGUAGCUAAGCUCAGCUCUUCUCAUCUGAUACAAACUGGCAUAAUUGCAUGAGAACCAAAGAAGUCACAGUGAUUUGCAACAGAUAAGAGCCUAUUCCAGUAAUGAUUCAGACAGUAAAUUGAGAAGUAAGGCCCAGAAUGUAUAGUUUAGUUACUUCACAUCUGAACCAAACAUCUGUACAGCUGAUAAUGGAGCUAGCUAGAUACCCUAAUUGAAUUGCUUUCUUUUGAGCAAAUACUUUUAUCUCGGAAUUCAAAAUAUUUUCGUUUAUUUUCCUGAAAUUUUACUGUGGAAAGAAAACAAACCAGAAAUUCAUGUUGGAAUGUGCUGUUGAAGCAUUGUUCCUGAAUUGAAAUACUAUAGUCAUUUAAGUCUUUCUUGCAAAUGAUAUCUUAUACUGUAUUUUAUAGAUAUAAUAUUCUUUUUGUGCAUGUAUACAACCAUAUUCACAUUGUAUGUAAUGGACUAGAAAUAAA